AAAAAAUUUAAAAAGAGGCAAACAGAAUUUUUCGAUCGUAAAGCAUACUCUAAUGCUUCGCAUAUAAUAUAGAUUAAAAUGAUUCAUUUAAAUGAUUAAUAAAAUACUAUUCCUAAAUAAAAUAAUUUAUUCAUUUAGAUUGAAAAUAAUGAUCCACGGGAAUCAGAACUGUAUGUUAUUGUCUAAACUAAAAAAUGUGCGCGCAGUUUUAAAAAGUAGCUAACUUCACAACUAACCGGCAUAUGUAAUUUGUAACUGUAAACAAACAACACGUUGACCGUUGGUACGUUCAUGAAAAUAAUUUAUAAAAAAAGUAUACUCUGAUUAGAAAUAUGUAUAUAAUUGAUAAAUAUAAUAAACAAUUGUUACAAGGAUAGAUAAUUUAAAAAAUUACAAAUUAAUUAUAAACAUUAAUUGUAAUAAUAAUUCAAACAAGAUAAUGGCUGCUUAUAGGCCUGCCGGAUUAUCAGAUUCUUCUGAUGAAGAGUUAACUUGUGUGCAAAAUAAUAUAAGGACAAGUAAAAAAACUCAAGAUCGUGAUUUGAAUGAAUGGGAGACCCAAACUUUAGAGCGAAAUGAAAAUCAAGAUCGUCAAUUCAAAGUUAUCAAUGCUUGUAUGACUGGAGACAUUGAUAUUAUUGAUGAUUAUAUAAAUCAUGGAAAUGAUGUUAAUGAAUUUUUAUUUAGCGGAUGGACUAUGUUAUUAUAUGCUUCUUCUGCACUCUUACCAGAAGUUAUUGAGCAUUUAUUAAAAUCGGGAGCUGAUCCAAAUCUUCAUAAAGAUGGAUAUACUCCACUGAUGGCAGUAUGUGAUUCAACUAAAGGAACCACAGAGCAAACUUUAGAAUGUAUUGAAAUUUUACUAGAAGCCAAAGCUGAUCCGGAUGCUAUUAGUAAAGAUUUACAAACGCCAUUGAUGCUCGCUUGUAAAUCUAAAGAACCUGAAAUUAUUUCGGAGCUUAUGAAGAAUGUUAAAAAUAUUGAAGCGUGUGAUAAAGAUGGGCGAACGGCUGUAUUUUAUGCAGUUUGUGCUAAUAAGCCAGAAGUUUUAAAAGUACUUAUGAAAGCAAAAGCGUCAGUAGUAACAGUAGACAGACGUAAUUUGACUGUUAAAGAUAUUGCUGUAACCAAAAACUAUGAAGAAAUUUUGCAAAUUUUGGAUUUCGAAGAUGAUGAGAUUGAAAAUUUUUGUCCGGUUGCAAAAAUAACAGACUGGAAAGAUGCAAUUACAAAUAUUACAGAUCCUGAUCCCGAAUAUAUUGAUUGUGAUAUUGCAAAUAUUUUAUACUCAUUAAAUUUAGAAAGAUAUCGUCAGUCCUUUAAAGGCAUGAAUGUAAAAACAUUCUUACAAUUGACUGAAGAAGAUCUUAUUAGAUUAGGAAUGGAUAUACAGUAUCAUAGAAAACAAUUUAUAAACGGUUUAAUUAAGUUUCAUUCGUCUAAAUGGAAAUCUUCAAAUACUGUUAAAAUAAUCAAAAAAUUUUCAACUCUUUCAUUAUUCGAUGGAGUUAUUUCUUUAGGAAAUGUUGCUCGACAACUCAGUAUUAUUGGAUCAAGUUUUUGUUUUAUGAAAAAUAAUUUUUUUAGUGGUAAAAAUAAUAAGAUCCUUACAAAUAAUGAAUCUUGUGUAAAAGAACUUGAAGCUGCUGAAGAAAAGUUGAUUCACAUUAAAAAAGAUUUUCAACAAAUAUUAGAGUAUGCUGAAAAGAUUGAAAAAAAUAAUCGUAGUAAUCGACCAGCAGCUUACAUUGGAUCUAAUGAAUUAAAGAAAAAAACUAAUUGGACAAUUCUCCUUACUGUUAUUGUGAUGACAGGAAUAUUUUUAUCAAAGACUUCUUUUAUAAAAAAAAUAUUAGAUUAAUAAUUAAUAAUAAUAAAUUAUCAACGAUAGAAUAUAAUUAUAAUUAUAUUCAAUCAUAUAAGUCAUGAAAAAAGUAUUAUUAUUCUUUAAUCUAAACAUUUAUUAAAAAUCUCAGUCGUAAGUUGUAAUAAAUGCUCAAAAUACUUGAA